UAAGGUAUCUAUCUGUGGGCUGAUGUUUGUGUUCAGCGUGAUACCAUGUUGUUAAUUCUUGGUCAUUAAUGAAUUCUUGCUAUCUGGAUUGUUUGUUAACAUCAAAGCAGUCUAACACUCUGAAAAGAAAGCUCCAGUCACCACAUGGAAACCCACCUUUGAAACGUAAACGUAAGCCAUCAAUAAACACCUUCAAGAAACGUACCACGGAAGCUGACAUCAGGGAAAAGGGAAGUCCGUCACAAAAAUCUCUUCCUAAGAAGCAGUUGACUGACAACCAAAAUGAAAGCCAGAAAAGCAAACCUUUCAUUAAGACGUCCAGCCUGUUUAGAAACAACCCGGAUAUCCCAGAAAUUCACAGAAAAGCAGUACAGCAGGUGCAAGAAAAUGUUUUCACUACAGAUUCUUUUAGCCAGUUGGACCUCCAUCCACAUCUGAUAUCCACGAUAAACACUGUCCUAAAGAUAAGUAGCAUGACCAGUGUUCAGAAGGAAACAAUUCCUGUGCUCCUGCAAGGCAAAGAUGCUCUAGUGCGAUCUCAGACUGGUUCAGGUAAAACUCUUGCCUAUGGGAUUCCACUUGUACAGUCUUUGCAAGGAAUGGAAUCCAAAAUACAGCGCAGUGAUGGGCCUUAUGCACUCAUAUUAGUCCCAACAAGAGAUCUUGCACUCCAGAGUUUUGACACAAUGCAGAAACUACUUAAGCCAUUUUCCUGGAUUGUGCCUGGAGUGCUAAUGGGGGGAGAAAAGAGAAAAUCGGAAAAAGCCAGAUUACGUAAAGGGAUAAAUAUCCUCAUUUCAACUCCUGGUCGCCUGGUUGAUCACAUCAAGUCCACCGAAUGUAUUCAUUUCCAUCGCACUCAGUGGCUGAUUAUUGAUGAAGCAGACAGGAUCCUGGACCUGGGCUUUGAGAAGGAUGUAGCUGUGAUACUCAAUGCUUUAAAUGCCGAGAGAGAGACACGUCAGAAUGUCCUGCUCUCAGCCACCCUCACGGAAGGAGUUACGCGGCUGGCCGAUAUCAGUUUGAAUGAUCCCAUCAGCAUUUCCAUAGCAGAUGAAAUCCAUAAGGCACUCAAGCCAGCAUCACAAAUGGAUAGUCAAGCCAGUAGUUCAUCAAACUGCAUGGAGCAGGAAAACUUUGCUGUUCCGGAGAAGCUCAAGCAGUAUGUCAUGAUGGUCCCCAGCAAAUUGAGGCUUGUCACGUUAGCAGCUUUUAUCCUUGAGAAAUGCAAGUUUGAAAAACACCACAAGAUGAUCAUCUUUUUCUCCAGCUGUGAACAAGUGGAAUUCCACUAUGAGCUCCUCCUAAAGGUCCUUUCAGGAGGGCUAGAGUCAGAACAACCUGAACAUUCAUCUGUCUCCUCUGCGUGCUUACAGUUUCUACGACUGCACGGCAACAUGGAACAAGAAGAAAGAACAGAGGUCUUCCAGGAGUUCUUAAAAUCCAAGACUGGCAUCUUGCUUUGCACUGAUGUUGCAGCACGUGGACUAGACCUGCCUCAAGUUACAUGGAUCGUACAGUAUAACGCUCCGGCUUCACCUGCGGAAUACAUCCACCGGAUCGGGAGGACGGCUCGCAUUGGCUGUCACGGGAACAGCCUGCUUGUCCUGGCGCCUUCGGAGGCAGAAUAUGUCAGCUUGCUGGCUUCUCACAAGAUUAAUGUUUCAGAGAUAAAGAUGGAGAAGGUAUUAUCCAGCCUGAUGAAAGAUGAUCGCUUCAAGUUGCACAGACCAAGAAGCAAGAAAUCCUGUGGCACGGACCCUCAGGAAGUCCGGGAGCGGGCCACAGUCUUGCAGACAAAAUUUGAAAAUUACGUUCACUCCAGCGAGGGGACUGUCCGGUGGGCAAAGAAAGCACUGCAGUCUUUCCUUUGUGCCUAUACCACCUAUCCCAGGAACCUCAAGCACAUCUUCCACAUUAAAUCUCUCCACCUGGGUCACGUGGCCAAGAGCUUUGGCCUGAGAGAUGCCCCCCAGAACCUGACUGCUCUUCCAACUGCAGGCUCAAAGAAGAAAACCAAACCAAGACCAAAAAGGUGUUGGUUGCUAGAGCUCCAGCAGCAGUCCUAUUGUCAUGGCCAAGCACCUCCAUAGUAGAAGCUGUCAGGCCUUUUCCAUUCACGUUCCCGCUUUCAGCCACAUGGUCCUACAGAGAGCUAUGAUCCCUGGCUUGGGAUCAACUGCCUUAGCAACUCUUUGUCCUCAUCCCUGUCUGGGGAAAGGCUCUUGCAAAUACAGCUGUGCUCAUAAGUGCUUGCUGUUGCUGUAGGGCAUGGGAUGAUAAAAGCUUCAAGGAAAUAGCAGAGAAAUUAAUAUUUUCGCUUCUAAAAUUUGAAAUUGACUGUCCUGUGCAUUAUGAGCAAGGCUCUAUGAGUCCUGAUUUAUCUCACAAGAUAGUCUCUUCCACCCUGGCCUUGACAAAUACCACUGCAUCAGGAGUAAAAUAUGUGUCUUACUGCCUUUAAAGGCCUUUUGUGGCCUCCUCUGGCCUUUUUUAUCACCUUUUCUACACUACACAGGCAGUCUUCUGUAGGCUUUCUCCUGCAGUUCCACCAGCAGUUUCCUGGCUGUAAGAUUUGCCAUGGGACAAAUUGUGUCCAUCCUCUCAGAAUGGUCAGCUGCAGCUUGGACUACUUCUUCUUCUCCCUAAGAAGACAUUAGCUUAGUACCUGAAGGAAAAGGGAGGACUGCAGUGUAUUUUUUUAGUUAUUAAUUACAUGAUUGACUGUAGUUAUGUAAGUACAAGCCCAAAUCAAAAGGCAGUUCUGUUGGUAGAAAUGUUCCUACUACAAACUUGUGCUCUGCUGCCUGCAGUUCUGGCAAAAGCAUUUCUGCAAAAUCACGUGCGAUCUCUCGCAGGAAGAGUCUGUAGCAAACCCGGAGUCACAGCU